GGGCGGCGGGACCCCCAGCCCAAAAAGCCCAGGGGGAGGAGCGGCGCGGCGGCCGUGCGCGAGGGCGGCCAAGUUGGGCUCCGGCGCGCGCGGCUUCGCGUCCUGCGUCUGGGAGGAGGAGGGGGACGGUCCCCUCCCAAGCUGGGCUCGACCCUCGGAGCCGCCGAAGACCUCAGGGGGUGACUUUGUCGCCCCCUCUCCUGGACGCCGCGCGUCCGGGGCGCACCGGAACCGGGCAGCUCAGCCACGCCAUGCUGGAGGGCGACAUCGACCUCGAGGGGCUGUCCCCCAAGGAAGCCCCUGCAGCCCAGGCCGCCGCGGCCGUGGAUGCGGAGGGCGCGCCGCCCCGCCGGCCCGGCGCCCAGGCGGCCGCGAUGAGGGUCAACGAGAAGUACUCGACGCUCCCGGCGGAGGACCGCAGCGUCCACAUCAUCAACAUCUGCGCCAUCGAGGACAUCGGCUACCUGCCGUCCGAGGGCACGCUACUGAACUCGCUUUCUGUGGACCCCGACGCCGAGUGCAAACACGGCCUCUACUUCCGGGACGGCAGGCGCAAGGUGGACUACGUCCUGGUGUACCAUCCCAAGAGGCCCUCGGGCGGCAGGACCCUGGCCAGGAGGGUGCAGCACGGCGAUGUCACCCCGGCCGCCCGCGGCGCCCGCCAGGACCAGCCCCUGCCCGGCAAGGGGAGCGUGGGGGCGGCAGGGGGCCCCGAGCCCCCGAUGGACUACCACGAGGACGACAAGCGAUUCCGCAGGGAGGAGUACGAGGGGAACCUCCUGGAGGCCGGCCUGGAGUUGGAGCGAGACGAGGACACCAAGAUUCACGGGGUCGGAUUCGUAAAGAUCCACGCGCCCUGGAACGUGCUGUGCAGGGAGGCCGAGUUCCUGAAGCUGAAGAUGCCCACAAAGAAGCUCUACCACAUUAACGAGCCCCGGGGCCUCCUGAAGAAGAUCAGCUCCGUGCUCCAGAAAAUCACGGACCCCAUCCAGCCCAAGGUGGCCGAGCACAGACCCCAGACCACAAAGAGACUCUCCUACCCCUUCUCCCGGGAGAAGCAGCACCUAUUUGACCUGUCUGACAAGGAUUCCUUUUUCGACAGCAAAACCCGGAGCACGAUAGUCUAUGAGAUCCUGAAGAGAACAACGUGUACCAAGGCCAAGUACAGCAUGGGGCAAGGAGAGGGAAGAAAGAAGGACUCUGCCCUUUUAAAUAAAAGGCGAAAAUGUAGUAAAUAUGGUAUCACGAGCCUGCUGGCCAACGGCGUUUACUCGGCUGCCUACCCCCUGCACGACGGAGACUAUGAAGGUGAAAACGUGGAUUUCAACGACAGAAAACUCCUGUACCAAGAGUGGGCGAGCUACGGGGUCUUCUAUAAAUACCAGCCCAUCGACCUGGUCAGGAAGUACUUCGGGGAGAAGAUCGGCCUGUACUUCGCCUGGCUGGGUGUCUACACCCAGAUGCUCAUCCCGGCCUCCGUGGUCGGCAUCAUCGUCUUCCUGUACGGAUGUGCCACUGUCGACGAGAACAUCCCCAGCAUGGAGAUGUGUGACCACAGACAGAACAUCACCAUGUGCCCGCUGUGCGAUAAGACCUGCAGCUACUGGAAGAUGAGCUCGGCAUGCGCCACCGCCCGGGCCAGCCACCUCUUCGACAACCCCGCCACCGUCUUCUUCUCCGUCUUCAUGGCCCUCUGGGCCGCCACCUUCAUGGAGCACUGGAAGCGGAAACAGAUGCGGCUCCGGUACCACUGGGACCUCACGGGCUUCGAGGAGGAGGAGGAGGCUGUCAAGGACCAUCCCAGAGCUGAAUACGAAGCCAGAGUUUUGGAAAAGUCGCUUAGGAAAGAAUCCAAAAACAAAGAGAAGCGCCGGUGUAUUCCAGAGGAGUCAACAAACAAAUGGAGGCAGAGGGUUAAGACCGCCAUGGCAGGGGUGAAAUUGACGGAUAAGGUGAAGCUGACCUGGAGAGACCGGUUCCCAGCCUACUUCACCAACUUGGUGUCCAUUGUCUUCAUGAUCGCGGUGACCUUUGCCAUCGUCCUGGGAGUCAUCAUCUACAGGAUCUCCACGGCCGCCGCCUUGGCCAUGAACUCCUCCCCAUCCGUGCGGUCCAACAUCCGGGUCACGGUCACAGCCACCGCGGUCAUCAUCAACCUGGUGGUCAUCAUCCUUCUGGACGAGGUCUACGGCUGCAUAGCCCGCUGGCUCACCAAGAUUGAGGUUCCAAAGACAGAGAAGAGUUUUGAGGACAGGCUGAUCUUCAAGGCUUUCCUGCUGAAGUUCGUGAAUUCCUACACCCCCAUCUUCUACGUGGCUUUCUUCAAGGGCAGGUUCGUCGGGCGUCCGGGAGACUACGUGUACAUUUUCCGUUCUUUCCGGAUGGAAGAGUGUGCUCCGGGGGGCUGCCUGAUGGAGCUCUGUAUCCAGCUCAGCAUUAUCAUGCUGGGCAAACAGCUCAUCCAGAACAAUCUGUUUGAGAUCGGCAUCCCGAAAAUGAAGAAGUUCAUCCGGUACCUGCGGCUGAGACGCCAGAGUCCCCCCGACCAUGACCUGUACGUGAAGCGGAGGCAGCGCUACGAGGAGGACUACACACUGGAGCCCUUCGCGGGCCUCACGCCCGAGUAUAUGGAGAUGAUCAUCCAGUUUGGUUUCGUCACCUUAUUCGUGGCAUCCUUCCCCCUGGCCCCGCUGUUCGCACUGCUGAAUAAUAUCAUCGAGAUCCGCCUGGACGCCAAAAAGUUCGUCACUGAGCUGCGAAGGCCGGUGGCUGUCAGAGCCAAAGACAUUGGAAUCUGGUACAAUAUUCUCAGAGGUGUUGGGAAACUGGCUGUCAUCAUCAAUGCAUUCGUCAUCUCCUUCACGUCCGACUUCAUCCCUCGUCUGGUGUACCUCUACAUGUACAGCGAGAAUGGGACCAUGCACGGCUUCGUCAACCACACCCUCUCCUCCUUCAACGUCAGUGACUUCCAGAACGGCACGGCCCCCAAUGACCCCCUGGACCUGGGCUACGAGGUACAGAUCUGCAGGUACAAAGAUUACCGGGAGCCCCCAUGGUCAGAGCACAAGUACGACAUCUCCAAGGACUUCUGGGCCGUGCUGGCGGCCCGGCUGGCUUUCGUCAUUGUCUUCCAGAACCUGGUCAUGUUCAUGAGCGACUUCGUGGACUGGGUCAUCCCAGACAUCCCCAAGGACAUCAGCCAGCAGGUGCACAAGGAGAAGGUGCUGAUGGUGGAGCUGUUCAUGCGGGAGGAGCAGGGCAAGCAGCAGCUGCUCGACACCUGGAUGGAGAAGGACCGGAAGAAGGACGAGCCGUGCAACAACCACGGCCCCAAAGCCUGCCUGGACAGCCCCGAGUACCCUGGGGGUGCCCUGUAGCUGCCCCUGGCCUCCCGGCCACUGGGCACCCUCCCCCAGCCGGUGGAAGACCACCUUCCGAUAGGACAACAUUCUUCUGUCAUUUUCCUGUUUCUCUUCUCCUCGUUUUGCACAAAACCAUAUGCAGGGAAUUUUUUUAUCUUUAGUAUUCAAGUUUAAUCAAAAUGAUCGCUGGGGAUAGGGUGAGAACGCGCGGGAAUACGGUCGCUUUGCAGAAACAAUCCUUGGGAACCUUGGGUCUCCUUUGCCGUGGAAGGUGAGCAGAGGCCUCCAGAAAGCAUCUUUUCUAAUCUGCCCGAUGCCUUUAGAGAGAGUCGAGAUGGUGUUGCAAAGCAUUGGAGAAACAUCGUGCAGUCUUAGAGGGAGAACGGAACAACGAAGUUGACACCAGUUCCAGAAGGCUCACCUACCGCCAGGUCGGAGAAGUCAGCUGGCUUUUCAUCUUCUGUUUUCCAUUAGUUCAGAAACUGAGAGACCCUCUGGCCAGAAGGAGAGGGCCUGUGAGCUCAGAAUUUACUGUUGGAGAACCUUGGGGCAGCAGGUGUCCCUCGGGACAGUGGGUAGCCCGCACCGUCAGGGUCCCCACUGUCAGCCCCACACCUGCCCCUCCACCAUGAGCCAGCCUCAGAACUGUCCAUCUGCUUGGUGGGACAGAAAAAAAGAAGAAGAAAGAAAAGCAGGUGGGCAGAAAAUGAGCAGAGAGAGAGAGGACCCCAGAGGCAUUUCUAAAGACGGCUUCAGGUUCCACGAAAUCUUAAGGCAUCGGGAAAACAGUCACAGCUUUAGAAUAUUUAUUGGGAUUUUUUU